GACUAUAAAAACAUAGGCAGGGAAUAAAAAUAAAGAAAAUUAUAGAAGACUAGCAUGUGUUUAGAUGCAAUAUACAAAAAGCCUGUAGAAUAUGAUACAAAGUCUGUAGAAAUGGCCAUAAAAACAUAAUUGAAUCAACAAACGGACAGCAAUUGUCAUUUUCAUAUUUCUUUUUUUAAGGCGGUGAAGAAGUUUGGUCGUGGUAAACACAGCCAACAUUUAAAACUAAAGGAAUCUUUCUUUAUUUUUAAAACUUCAAGCAGGGACUUCAGAUAAUGCCAUGGGUGCUCAUGGGUGCCUGACUGACAGCACUCAUACAGGGGAAUUACAUUUCUUCCCUUAUACACAGUAGAAACAAAAAACACAAAGACAGCAAUAAAACAGAAAGAAACCAAAAAGCAAAUGGAAUAAUAUAAUGCUGGAUAAACUAAGGAUGUUUAUCGGGGUAAUAUGUGCAGUCAAAUUGGCUAAGAUAGAACGAUAUGAAUAUAGGAAAUUAAAACACUGCUGCAAAAAUAAUUCCAAUCAGAAAAAUGUAGACAACGCUCACACACACCCUUCACCGCCUUGCAUCAUAAUUCAAUGUCCCUGUCUCCACUUAAUACUGUGUUUUGCUCAUUGUUCCUUCACCAUGAUGUUUCAGCUUCAUUGUGCACAAUGAUGUAUGAUGAGUUUGACACCAUUCGUCUGAUGAUUAUUCUAUAAAUAAACUGUAUUUUUAUACUUAAAAAAUCUAAUGUUGUCUACUUUUACGUCUUUAGGAGUUCAGUAUAGUGGCAGCAGCUUCGAGACAAGAUUUGACAGAAAAUAAUGACUAUACAGCACAAUAAAAUAAUCAAAUUAAAACAACGUUUUGUUUUCUUGCGAGUGACGUCAGUGUUUCUCCAAAAAAAAACGCGUGCUUGCAGGUCUGCUCAUGUCCCAGUCAUCCUUCCUUGAGAUCUGCGGGUUGUUGUUUUUUUUUUUUUUAACCCUGAGCUCGCCGGCAGAUGGCGCCCUUCCCUCCGGCAGCCCGAGUGUUACAUUACAUUCCCCGGGCACAGGCGCAGAGCGUCCCUCCGAGCAGGACGGGAUUUCUUCGACAGCGUCACCGCCCCUCAUGGAACACAUUCGCGGCUGGCUGUUAGGAAGGAGUCCUCGCUCUUCUCCGAGGCAGCGCUGAGUUCAUCUGAGUCACCUCGCCGUUGUUGCCGUUGUGUUUGGACGGAGAGGUUCACCGCUGUCCACUCUCAACACCAUGGCUGCUGGUCUCACCACGGUCUUCUUCAUUCACAUCUUCUCUGCUUUAGCGCUGGAAUCAACCUCUGAGAAAGUCCUCCCCCAGAGACGCCCACACCUCACUGGCUGUGUCUCCAGCAACAUGGAGACUUUCCGCUGCAGAUGGCAUGUCGGCACUUUCCAGAACCUCUCCGAGCCCGGAGAGCUGCGCUUAUUCUACAUGAACAAAAAACCCUCCCUUGCCUCUCCUAAAGAGUGGAGUGAGUGUCCUCUCUACAGCACUGACCGGCCAAACGAGUGCUUCUUCAAUGAGAACCACACAUCCAUCUGGACGUAUUACAGUGUCCAGCUCCGCUCGAGGGAUCAAGCCGUACUCUAUGAUGAGAGCCUUUUCUAUAUUCAAGACAUCGUGCAACCAGAUCCACCAGUCGGCCUGAACUGGACGCUGCUGAAUGUCAGUAUGACCGGGAUUUACUAUGACAUCAUGCUGAGCUGGAAGCCUCCACAGUCUGCAGACGUAGCGAUGGGAUGGAUGACGCUGCAGUACGAGGUCCACUACCGCAACGUCAACUCCAACCAGUGGGAAGCAGUCGACCUUGUGAAAAGCACACAUCGCUCCCUUUAUGGGCUUCAAACUAACGCCAUUCACGAGGUUCGGGUCCGGUGCAAGAUGCUUGGUCUGAAAGAGUUUGGAGGAUUCAGCGACUCGGUAUUCAUCCACUUCCCGUCCAAAGUGUCAAGAUUCCCUGUGGUGGCUUUGCUCAUCUUUGGUGCCUUGUGUUUAGUGGCCAUCCUGAUGUUAGUUGUCAUAUCGCAGCAGGAAAAGUUGAUGGUUAUUCUAUUGCCUCCGGUUCCUGGGCCUAAAAUAAGAGGAAUUGACCCUGAGCUACUUAAGAAAGGGAAGCUGAGGGAGUUGACAUCCAUCCUGGGUAGUCCCCCUGAUCUGAGGCCAGAGCUGUACAACAGCGACCCCUGGGUUGAAUUCAUCGAGCUGGACAUUGAGGAACAGAAUGACAGACUGACAGAACUGGACACGGACUGUCUCAUGGAGCGCUCCCUAUCCUCCAACUGCUCUCCCCUGUCCAUCGGCUUCAGAGAUGACGACUCGGGCCGCGCCAGCUGCUGCGACCCAGAUCUCCCUAUCGACCCGGAAGUAUCACCUUUCCAUCCUCUGAUCCCAAACCAAACCCUCAGUAAAGAACCGUCAUGCCCGGCAGCAUCUGAGCCGAACUCCCUGGUCCAGAGUCCAACCGCUGAGGAGCCUCCUUUUGCAGCUGUGGGCAGGGAGGCUUUUUACACUCAGGUGAGUGAGGUGAAGUCAUCUGGCAAGGUGCUGCUGUCACCUGAGGAGCAGACUGAGGCGGAGAAAGCCACUAGCAAAGGCUCAAAGAAAGACAUCGUGGCGGAAAAGGAGAAAGAAAAGAAAGAAUUUCAGCUACUUGUGAUGAAUGCAGAUCUUGGAGGUUACACCUCAGAGCUCAACGCAGGGAAAAUAAGCCCAAGAGUCUCCACGGGGGAUGUGAGUGAGCCCUGCCAGACAGCAGGCGGCUUUACGUCUUUGCCAUCCCCAACGCCUUACUACAAAUCAGAUACCACCACCACCACAUCCCCACUACAGCCUGCUCCUGUUUACACCAUGGUAGAGGGUGUUGACACACAGAACAGCCUCUUACUCACACCAAACUCGACACCUGUUCCACAACUGAUAAUUCCAAAGGCCAUGCCCACACCAGACGGCUACCUUACCCCUGAACUUUUGGGAAGUGUCACACCGUAGAUCAGCAGUGGGCUGUGCAAAAUGAAGAAUAUUCAAUCAAAGGCAGAGAAAUGCUUCGGCACAGUCUUGGAGAAUGAUUUUCCCAAGGUCGUGUUUCAAUGUGAGCUUGCCUAAAAUAGUUGGGGGGGCCAUCUGUGCCUGUCCUGACACCACCUCUACCUCCUCUGACCUCCCACUGCACGGUUUGAAAGAGCUGCAAAGACCAUUCAGUCGCAAGAUGGGUAUGAACGCUAAAGAGGGCACAAGAAUGUGUUUGUAGAAAGGGAACCAAAUGGGAAAUAACACAAGCGGAGGCUGGGAAUUGCCUCAAUAAUUCAAUAUUCUAACUAAAACAGGCUUACAACACAACUUAUUAAAUAACUACAUUUGUUAAGGCUACAUUGAUCAAUUUAGGCCACUAGAGAGCAGAAUAAUCCCCCAACAGCCUGAGAGACUCAGCCCCAGCAUAUACAAUCCUUAUAUAGUCGUUUUCGCUAACACACUUUACACAUCCAGCAGGGAAAGAGCAAUUCUUUCAUUUAUUUAAACUUGCGUUUCUGUCCAACUAAUGAAUGUAAGUCCAGUAUUCACUCUCAUCACCAGUUACUCUGUAAUUUUUGUCUGCUAUUUGCCACUAUGAACUAAAAGAGACUAAAAAGCUCUAGGGCUGCAGAGUUGCUGGUAAUUCCCUGUUGUGUUGUCACUUCAAGAGACACGUUUCACAUUACAGGUAGUCAUUUAAUUACGUUUUUUUAUGUAAAAAUAUUGACUAAUGCUUCUUUAAUGAGAGUAUGUUUACUUGUUCUGUCUUAUUCUUGACAUUUUGUACAUAUCAAAAUCUUUCUUUUUGAUAAAAUCAGGUAAUGUGUAUUGAUAUACCCUGUGAAAAAUGUAAACGUAAAUUAAUCAUGUGCCCUCUUUUUAUGAAUGACUGCUUUUCAUAUCUUUUCAGUCUUUCAGAUGAGUGUUACCUCAAGGAAAAUGUUACUCAACCAAUAAGAUACAUUUUUAACACUCAGUCUAAUUGGGGUUCAUAUAUCAUGUUGUUGCCAACAGAUGAACCCUUGAAAAAGCUAAAUAAAUGGGUUGUAUGUAAAACGAUCAACUGUAGCAUAAAUCAUUAAACGGUUAUCUUACUUUAAUACCUUUACAUGUAGUGUUCUGUAGGCUUAAGCUGUGAAAUGAAUUCAGAGCUGAAAGCAAAAAGUAUUUGAUUGUCUUCUACAAGACAUAUCAGUAGGUUCAGUCAGUAUUUUGAGUGCAUGGGCUGUUUAGGUUUUUGUUUUUCAUUUGGUGUCUGGUUAACAGUUCAUCAAAUGUAUUAAAAGGUUAGGAUACAUGGUCAUCAGUGUUGGAUUUGACAGUUAUUGCUUUUUAACAGUUCAAAAGUGUUUGUUACAAAUAAACGUUCAUAUAAAACAUAUAUGAAAUAAACUUUCAUACUUUU